CUGCAGAGGGAGCCACAGCGUCCAGCACAAAAUCAGGCAGCAGCAGCACGGCAGCAAGUGCGGUGCAGUCGACCUGAGAGGAGCAGGACGUGUGCCGUCGUCGUGAGGAAACACCGCACAGAUGAAGGGACUGUCGGGGAAAACUACCACGUAUUCCUGCGUUUGAUUAUUGUUAUAUAUCAAACAACAUAGUGGUCCUCCCUCCCACCGGUAUCGCGCCGUCGCUGUGGGUCUUUAUUCGGGGGGCUUGUCUGUGUUUCCUCCGGGAGGCUGAAUGGAAGCAGCAGCCGAGGGAGCGGUCGGGCUGUCGGAGGCCAGGGACGGGAGCCCGCUAUCCGUGGCCGCAGCAUCCGAUGAUGGGGACACGGUCGUUGGAGUUAGCUACGGAAUGGACGCCGCAGACAUGGAUGCUGCUGCUAAGAAAGCCUUCAUCACAGAGAUGCCCUCAUCCUCAGGCCAGCCUGGCCAGGGAAAGAAGAUUGGCCACAGGGGGGUGGAUGCAUCAGGGGAAACUACUUACAAGAAGACCACAUCCUCGGCCUUGAAAGGUGCCAUCCAGCUGGGCAUCGGUUACACAGUGGGCAACCUGAGCUCCAAGCCUGAGAGAGAUGUGCUCAUGCAGGACUUCUAUGUGGUGGAGAGCAUCUUUUUCCCCAGUGAAGGCAGCAACCUCACUCCAGCCCACCAUUUCCCUGACUUCCGCUUUAAAACAUACGCUCCCGUGGCCUUCCGCUACUUCAGAGAACUGUUUGGCAUCAGGCCGGAUGACUACCUGUACUCACUAUGUAAUGAGCCUCUGAUCGAGUUGUCCAAUCCUGGAGCGAGUGGCUCAGUCUUCUACCUUACAAAGGACGACGAGUUCAUCAUCAAGACUGUGAUGCACAAGGAGGCUGAAUUCUUACAGAAACUGCUGCCUGGAUACUACAUGAACCUGAACCAAAACCCUCGCACUUUGCUGCCCAAGUUUUUCGGCCUCUACUGUGUCCAGUCGGGUGGGAAGAACAUCCGCGUGGUGGUGAUGAACAACGUCCUUCCCCGCGUAGUCCGCAUGCACCUCAAAUACGACCUGAAGGGCUCCACCUACAAGAGGCGAGCAUCCAAGAAGGAAAGAGAGAAGGCCAGGCCCACUUUCAAAGACCUGGACUUCAUGCAGGACCAGCAGGAUGGACUGAUGCUGGACCAGGACACUUACAAUGCACUGGUCAAAACUUUACAGAGAGACUGCCUGGUGCUGGAGAGCUUUAAGAUCAUGGACUACAGUCUGCUGCUCGGGGUUCACAACAUGGACCAGGCGGAGAGGGAGAGGCAGAUGGAGGGCUCCCAGGGCGGCAGUGAUGAGAAGAGACCCGUGGCCCAGCAGAAGGCCUUGUACUCCACAGCCAUGGAGUCCAUCCAGGGAGGAGCCACCUGCGGGGGGUCCAUCGACACUGACGACACGAUGGGUGGUAUCCCCGCUGUGAAUGGAAAAGGAGAGAGACUUCUUCUCUACAUUGGAAUCAUCGACAUCUUACAAUCCUACAGGCUAAUAAAGAAACUGGAGCACACAUGGAAGGCUUUGGUUCAUGACGGAGACACCGUAUCAGUCCACCGGCCAGGUUUCUAUGCCGACAGGUUCUUCAAAUUCAUGAACAACACGGUUUUCAAGAAGAGCUCCUCUCUGAAGUCAUCGCCAUCCAAGAAGGGUCGCGUGUCAUUGACGGUGCCUAAGUGCGCUGGUCCUGGUGCAGCCUGGUCAGCCAGCCAGCUACCCUCUGAGAGAGAUGAGAAUAUCUACGACCUUAGAGGAGCUCGCAGCUUCCCAACAUUGGAGGAUGAGGGGCGACCAGAUCUUCACCCAUGCACUCCUCCAUCAUUUGAGGAGGCCACCACAGCGUCCAUUGCCACCACUCUCUCUUCCACCACCUCUCUGUCCAUCCCAGAGAGGUCACCCUCUGACACGGCUGAGCACCCCCGCUACAGGAGGCACACCCAGUCUCUCAGCCAUGACGGGAGGACCCAGGAGGAGCUGCGUGUGCGUGAGGAGGAUCAGCAGACCAUCACAGUGGAGGUGGAGCUGAAGAGGCACGACAGUGAGCCCACCAUCUACGUUCCAGAAGCUUCACCUGAAACCAGUGGGGUUCAGGCAGCAGCUGGUGCCGAGGCUCCAGAUGAUGCUGCAGCAGCGCCUUCUGGCUCUUCGUCAGCACCUGAAGCAGCUUCUUCCUCCUCAUCUGUCCCGGCUGCUCCCUCCUCUCCUGGGGCAGCCAAAGAAGCCCCGUCCAGUCCCAAAGUGGUGGUGGAGGCAGACAGGGCCAGCCAGAUGUCCGGCUCAGGGUGCGCCAGCCAGGCUUCAGUCGAUGACGACGAUGAUGUGCCAAUCACAGAUAUCUACUUUCCUCCAGAGGACAGGACCUGGGUGUACUCUCCGCUACACUAUGGCUCAGAGUCUAAGGCCCUGCCAGAUGGGGAUUGGGAAAGAGAGACAUAAACCCCGCUCUCUGGUGGAAAGGAGCGAACGUCUCGGUGAAGAGGACUCUUCGGUCUGUGGUCCGGACCUUAGCAGUAGCAGCAGAAUCUCUGUCUGAACCAGGAUUUUAAACACACAUGCAGAAACUGAACACACCGAGGGGACGAGUACCCGGGGGAGGGGGGGGAUCCUGAUGGUGAUGACAUCACUGAUACACAAGCGUCCCUGCCUUUCACCCUUGACAAAUGGAAAUUAUAUCAAUUUAAUAAUAAUGUGUGCGUGUGACAUACAGUAGUGUGUAUUCGGCUGUAGUCUUAAAUGUUUGACAUACAUGUAAGACCCUAGUAGCUCACAGUGCCUGUGAAAAGCAUCCACCCCCUGGAAGUUUUCAUGUUUUAUUGAAUCACAGCAGGUUUAUUGUGACUUUUUUGACACUGAUGAGAACAACAAGACUUUGAUGUUACUAAACAUAAAAUAAAACACAGUAACUUCCAAGUGGGGUGGAUACUUUUGUAGGUAUUGUACAGUAUGUUCCAGUUCACACAAGCACAGCUCUCCAAUAUGUUCCACAGGCUUUUCAAUGCACUCCUGCUGAGCAGCACACAGAAAAUUUGGCCAAUCAGGAGAAGCCCACCAGCCCUCCCUGGUACCAGUUGUGUUGCUGUUGUAACCCUCGUCACCUGACAUCCAGCUUUCUUUCAGCAGCUGGAAGAGGGAUGUGGGAGCAGCACAUGCAGCCACAAGUAGAAGUCAGUGUGCCGAGUGAAUGGACAAGCCUGUGGUGCUGGAGGACUCUGCCUGCACGUAUAGAACGGGAGAUACAAUGAAAAGCAUCAUUUGGCCAAUCAGAGCAGAACAUUUAGAUGUCUCCGUCAUCCUCACAUUUUCAGUAGUGAAUAUUUGCAGUUUGUGUUGUAGAGGGAAGAAUUAAACACAUUGUUUGGUUUAGUGAAUAUGUACAGCGCAGAGUUGUUUCAUUCAUGACUUAAUUUAUUAUUUAUAUCAAAUGUUUCAGCAACAUUUUUUAGCUUUUCUUUGGCUGUUUUGCUACUGUGAAUUUUUAUUUAUUUUGUCUGUAUUUUAUUCUAAUCUUUUUACUUUUACUCUUUUUUUAUUUGAAUCCAAAGAACUUAAAAAAACUUGUUUUGAUCGUUUCAUCACUACACCGCUUUUUAUUCAGUGUUACUACUUUGUUCACUAAACUUAUGGAUCAUUCCUUCAAAACAGAAGGCAUAAAUUUCCACACUAAGGCAGCAGACAUUGUCAGUCAUUAUAGUUAUCUUCACACCAUUACAAUGUCUUCCAGUGUUGCCCUAUUUUUUGGACAGAUGCACACAAAUUAUUUGUAACAAUAGAAUUUCAUAUUUUCUUUUUUUUUCUUCAUAGAUAGUAAAAUAAGGAGUAUAUCAGUGACUAUCUCUGGUUGCCCUCACCUCCUCACAAUAGGAAAUCCAUUGACUGGACACUUCAAAUGUAUGUAGAUAUAGAGCAUCAGUUGUAGUAUUUGCAGUCAAUAUCGUACCUGUUAUCUGUAUAUGUGAGUGAACACAGUACGUUGCAGUGUUGACUCGGUGAGACACAGCAGUUUGUGAGUGGGCUGAAUGUUGUUUGCACUCGUCAAGAGGACCUGAAGAUGAACUAGUGAUAGAGGCCAAAUAAAACGUAACAUCACGUUAUCUUCGUUUCUGCUCACACAGGCUGUUAUUUAGACGGCGUUUAUGUUAGGAUUAUCAUGCGUGUGUGUUGGUGAAGUCAAUCACAGUCAUUGUAGUGUUUACUGUAGUCUCUCUGUGGCUGACACCUUAGGACUCUCUAAGACUUAAGUUCAGCAGACUUUUUUUUUUAAAGUGAAACUUCUGAAGCAGUUUCCUCAGUUGGUUGGUACGUUUCUAUGUGUGUUUGCGUGUAAGGGAGGACACAUCAAUGUCAGACUUUGUAAAAUAGAAAUCAGCUCAUUCUCAUGAUGUGCAGUGGCCAGUUGUAAUCGGUUUGCUGUUGUUCAUCACAUGGAGACCAUAGCAGCAAUAUUUUGUACAGUCUAGCUUUUAAUUUCAUUUUUAUUGCCUUAUUGAGAAAUUUUACAUGUAGGCCUAUUGUUUAUAUUUUUUUCACUCGUGCUGUAGUAUUUAUUUUUCUUUCUCAUUGUUGUGCUCCUGAGAAUGUGUACAUAAAAUUAUAAAUACAUAUAUAAAGAUAUACAAAUAUAUUUUCCAUUUGAAUCGGAGAAUAUUAUUUUUAUUUGGUUUUAUUUUUGCUGCUGGGCAAGAAAUGAUUGCAAUCUACUUAAUUUUCUGUACCAUACUCUUCAGUGUGUUUACUGAGAUGCAGCUGCUGUAUAUUUAUGGUCUACAAACCACAGCUGUUUCUUUGUAAGAUAUCCAAAAUUGAGAGAUUUGUGGGUUUUACUGUACAUGCAAAUCAAUAGGAAUUCUUCCAACUGUUCAGCUGUGUUGUGUAUGUGUUUUCAAAUCGCUGUGUGCCCUCAUCCGAUCAGGAGAGUCCUUUACAGAGACAUAGCAUGAUUUCAAAAUGAAUAUGCAUAUCAGAAAUGUGUAUUUAUGUAUAUCUGUGUAUAUUCAUCUAUUUAUACGUGAGGAUAAAUAGAUGGCUGUAUGUGUGUGUUUGGACUCAAUCAGAAUGACUACAAAAUAAAGCAGUUCUAUGAAUUGUU